UCAAUUCUGCAAGUGGUUCUGAUUUACUAUCGCUGUUCUCUAGCCGGUCUAAAACCGCUUUUGACCUAAAGGGACGCUUUUUGGACACCAUGGACGUUUCUCAGUUUCCAGGCAGAAAGAACAUUCAAAAUGCAGGCAGGGCGCCGGACAAAGCACUCGGGACAAAAUGAAUGUUUUACUGUGUAAAAUUGUUUUGAAAAAAAUGACAUUUUUUUUAAAUCUUCAAAUUUCCCGCCGCCGGCAGCAGCGCCCGUACGUCCCGACGUCACAGGGACCGGAACACAGGAGCCGGAUGCCGGCAUCGGCCGGAGGAGAUGGCCGGGGACGCUGCAGGGGACAC